AGACAAGUAGAAGCACGUUUCAGAGUCUACUUUCGAGCUACUUUUUACAGAAGGUAAAAAGUCCUUUUGUCCCACUUACAAUCUCAUCACAAUAUUCUCUGACACCACGACCACCAUGUCGACGCAGCUGACACAGCCCGUGGCUGCUGUUGCAGAAGUAGCCGGGUCAACAACUACACCGAGCGGCUUAGCUUCCACCCUGCAGGACGAGACGAUUGUUGCGGUCAAGCCGUCGCUCUCUUCCGCAUCCUCUGCUAUUGUGGCACCGUCUGCAUUGGAACCCGUUCUUCAUCCGGCCGCCCCGGUUGUCGCCCUCGCGCAGAAGGAACAGCAGGAACAAGCUCCGGUUCCGAUGGAGAUCGUGCAAGAAGUCGUGCAACCGGCUGCGGUUCCGGCUCCAGGUGUAUCAAAUGCAAAAAUGUCUGGGUCUGGAAGAAUGCUACGUUUGUCAUGCAGGUUUUCCAUGACCCACGCGUUCUGGCAUGCACGGCCUAGCAUGACAGGUUCUGUGAGAUCUCUAUCAUGCCUUUCCUGCAUGAGAAACUGCCUCUAAACCGGUUCCAGAGUCGUGGACUUCUUAUGGUCGUCAUGCAACACAAAUUUUUCCACGAUCCAGAUGCAGCAUGACAAGUUACGCUCUUCCAGACCCAGACAUUUUUGCAGUUGAUAAGGUGGUCCAGCUGCGGUCGUUGCCCAGGCAGUGGAAGUACCGGCGUCGGCCGCGCAGGUGGUACCGGUUGUUGCUCCCGAAAACGUUAACGCAUUGCCCUUCCAGGUUCGUGAGCGUUAUUCUAUUUUAGUGUUGGGAUGAAGAACAAGGAGCGUCCUCCUCGCAUAUUGGUGUCUGUUCUUGUAUGCGCAUCACAAAAAAUUGACCUGAACUUAUUUCCAGGUCCCGUUGCCGGCUGCGUUGUUACAGCAGGCCCCAGAUGAACCGAAGGUCGAUCUCGCUAACGUGAAUCCGGGAAUGCACGUCUACAUGCGUCCGGAAUUGUACCAGGACCAAGUGAAGCGCAAGCUGUCCGUAUUGUGAGGAAAAAUCCCCCCUCCCCAUACCGAAACGAAGUUUCUGAUGCUGGAUUUGCGUACACAAAUCAGAUCUGUCUUGCAGAAAGUGCUUGGUGGCAUUUUCUGACCCUGUUUGGGUAUGCAGAAGGCUAGCAAUUGCGCAUGGCAAACAGGUUUCCAGUAGUCGAAAGUGCGUGACAGACUUGCUCUGGAAUGCGUCGAAUGGCUCCUAUGGUCCUAUAUGCAAGGCAAAGAUGAUUUGUGGCCACAAAUCAGCAUCACAAAUUUCCGUUUUGAUAUGGGGAGGGGGGAUUUUUCAUUUUGAUAGUCCGCUGAGGAACGGAAGGUCCGGAACGAGUUCUUGCGGAAAAAGAUAUCAGAAUGAAAAAUCCCCCUUCCCCAUAUCAAAACGGAGUUUGGGCAGGGUAACAAGGAACUUAAACGUGACCGGGGGGGUCACGUCCGUCCGUCCGGCCGGACGGACGGCACGUGACCGGGGGUAGUCCGGGCUCGGGGCGAGUUCGGCGCUGAAUGCCGCAGCAACUGGGGCCCUCGGUAGCUAGAAGCCCCCGGCCGCGUCACCGACGGCGGACCAGGGGCAAGAGUCGCGCCUUUUUCCGUGAAAGACCGAACUCAUGACCUUUUUUUUUUAGUUGGGCGCCCGAGCUAGCUGUAUUCGGAUGUAGCUGACUGCCCCCGGCCGCGUCCGCGUGACCGGGGGCGGAGCGGGACGAAGAGAGGCAGUCCUUCAGUGAAGUGCCGAGCUCAUGACCUUUUUUUUUUUUUUAGUUGCCCGGGUGCCCGGGCACGCGGUCCACAGUGGCCACCACCUCCGAGAGCCACGACCGACCCCCGGUCACGUGCCGUCCGUCCGGCCGGCCGGACGGACGUGACCCCCCCGGUCACGUCUAAGUUCCUUGUUACCCUGCUCUGUGAUGCUGGAUUUGCGUACACAAAUCAGAUUUGUCUUGCGGGCGAGGACUGCAGGCCCAUAUCAUGAAGCCUGAGUAGACAGGUUUUGGCCUACGCGCUUAGCAUGACAGACGUCUAUGCUGUAGGUACAGCAGCAUGUUGACAAAGCGCCUGUAGAAUGGAUGCGGCGGAGCCUGUGGAGUUGCCUCCAUGCAUGACGGAGGCGAUUUGCGGCCACAGAUCUGCAUUGUAAAUCUUGAUCUUCGAAAACGUGCCUUGGCAAUAUGGGGACGAGGGGGGAUUUUUCCUUUUGAUAAAAGAACUUGGAAAUCAAGAAGGCCCUGUGGAAGAAGAAGAUCAAGCAGACCAUAUUACAAUGAAAAAUGCCCCCUCCCCUUAUCAAAACGGAAAUCUGUGAUGCAGAUUUGUGGUCACAAAUCAGCUUUGUUAUGCUAGAAGGCAAAUAAAGAUGCGGACUGUAGUGCUGUCUAGCGUGGCAAAGCCUUCUUGCAGCUCCAGGAUGACAGGAGGCAACUAGAAGUGGGAAACAGCAUGACAGAUUACCUGCAAUUUAGGCCGCAGCUUCGUCUCUUGGCCUUCUAGCAAUGCAAGUCGAUAAUUUGUGUACUCAAAUACAGCGUCAGAAAUUCGCGCAUCUUCCGUUUCCGAUAUGGGAUGGGGGCUUUUUUCAUUUUGAUAGACCACGGGCGGCGUGUGGCAGGACCAGUUGUCGACGAACAAGGUAGGAAUUCUUUUUGCGACUACGCAUUACAAAUAAGGUUUCUGCUGGCGAUCCUCGCAUGACAAAGUUUCGGGUCUCAGAUAUGCGAUCAGUCCUUCCAUUCCAAAACAAGGAAUACUUUGCGAUGCGUUAUGAUGCAUGACGCAAGGAAUUUUUUUGCCAUGCAUGAAAUUGCAUGAAAAAUUACCGCAGCGCGGCAAGGUGGUCUUCACGAAGAAGUCGAACCAGAUGAAAUCCGAUCCCCGCGGAUAUCCUCUGCAAAAGUAUCGUACUCGUAUUGCAAUCAUGCAUUACAAAUUUUUUUCUUAAUGUAAAUCCGCAUUACAGAUUUUAUUUCUCAUGCUGAGAAAAUUUGGAAUGCAUUUAUACGAGUGCGAUACUUGUUUUGCAGUUCAUAGCGGACAGCGCAUCGCGAUGUGGGGUACUAUAAAGAAAUUUACUUUAUUGCUGCAUAUUCCGUUUGAUUCUACUGAUUCAAGCAAUAAAGCCCAUUUCUACUUGUAUUUGUCGUGUUGUUGCGAAAGAAGUAAGUUCAACACUGACUAGGCAACGCAGUGAGUUGUGGUUGGUUCUAGGAUCGUCCUUGCACAUGUGGUGAAACAUUAUUCUUUCGGCGUGAUCUAGUACUUCAAGUGACAAAACACAAGCAGUAUCCUGAGUAAAAACGUCCCCAGCCCAGAGUUGUCAUGCAUGUUUCCAGUCACAGGAAGAUUUGCAAUGCGCAUCCCCAUGAGAGGCAUUUCCAGUCGCGCUUUGGACUUUUUGAUGCUCUAAACAGGAUGAGUGUGAGUCCAUGGAUUUGUGUUGCGGCUGUACUUGCUAAUAAACUUCACUACAAUACAGAGACGAAUUUGUCAUGCUUGACUCCCAACACUUCUCGACUUGUGUUGCGAGAUCCCCAUCUUGACUCUGGGGUGGGGACGUUUUUACAUAGGAUAAACAGGUAUGUCCGUCAAGGCGGCGUACAAAGCUCUUGGCCUCACAGGCUUCAUCCCGUGCGUAUCAAAUGUAAAAAUGUCUGGGUCUGGAAGAUUCUGACACUUGUCUGUCAUGCACGUUUUGCAUGAGCCAUGAUGUCUGUGAUGCAUACCCUAGCGAUACAGAUUAAGAUUUUUUGAGGGCUUCUUGAUGCCUAUUGUGCAUGAGAAAUGUCUUCUCAGCGUAGCAAAAAUCGCAUUCCCUUUGCUACUCAUGCAAUACUAAUUUUUUUGGAAUCUAAAUGUAGCAUCACAAGUUGCAUUCUUCCAGACCCAGACACUUUUACAUUCGAUAGUGCGGCGGGAAGACGGGUAUGAAUAGCAAGUAUGUAGUCCCUGGGUCUGGAAAGCUGUCAUGCUGACACUCGCAUACGGAUAUAACGGCAGUAUGGCAAAACAGCAUGACACAUUUCUCGAAGCCUAUUGCAGAUUCAUUCGUAAAAGGAAAACGCAUGACAACCAUGUGUCCUCCAGGGCGACAAAAAAAAUGGCGCUGUGCAUGCAUACAUCGUAGAUCUCCUUGUGAUCGGCCUUCAACUUUCGCAUCACAAAUUCCGACCCAGGCAUGCGUGCAUAUGCAUAACGGAGAAGGGCCAGCAACUUCUGAAGAAGGCGCACGAGUUCUAUGACCGGGCAAAGAAGAUGCAGGAAGGGAUAUCCUGAGUAAAAACGUCCCCACCUCCCAAGAGUUCUUGUCAUGCAGAUUUGCAAUUACGAGAAAACUUGUAAUGCGCAUCACCAUGAGACCCAUUUCCAGUCGUGUUUCGGACGAAUUUGUAGUGCUGUAAACAGGGCAAGGAGAUGGCGUAGGCUUCGUGAUCCGGCUUUCCUUGCUCACCUGUACUACAAAUCAGAGCCAAACUUGUUAUGCGCGACGCGGCGCAAAACUUCUGGAUUUGUGUUGCAGAUUUCCCAACUUGACUCCGAAUUUGACUAUGGAAAGGGGACGUUUUUACUCAGGAUAUGGGAAUCUGAAGAAGCUCCAGGAGCAGAAAAACCAGGCUGCGAAGGCGAUGGCGGAGCGGAAGGCAGCCGCGAAGGCGGUGAAGGACGCGACUGCAAUUAACGCAGCCGCGAUCAACCAGCAGGCCGUGGCCGCGCUCGUGAACGGAUUGGCCGGCGGCUCGGCCGGACAGGCGGUUUUGGCAGCGUUGCUAAGCGGGAACGUAAACAACCUGAACAUGGGGCAAUCGCAGAUGAUCUCGAACACCGGACUGAACCAAAACCUGCAGCAGCAAGCCGCGGCUGCUCCGGGUGCUGCGGCGGUCGGGAACAACAGUGCUAGCAGUGUCAUCAACGUGUCGGCUGCGGGACUGGGUGCGCCGGCUGCGUUAUCGAAAGGAAAAAUCUCCCCUCCCCAUAUCAAAACGAAAUUUCUGAUGCUGGAUUUGCGUAGAUAAAUCCGAUUUGUCUUGCAGUAAGGCACUGCAGCCAGAUCCUCGGCCUAGGUAGAGGCGUUGGGUCUAGUUGCUGAGCAUUACAAACGGCUGCCCUCUAGUUGCAACAGCGUGCCAAAUCGCUUCCAUAAUGGCGCGGGAGCCUCUGCACUUGUCUGCUUGCAAGACAGACGUGAUUUGUGGCCUCAAAUCAGCAACGCAAAUUUUCGGGAGCGUACUCUUUCGAUAUGGGGAGGGGGAGUUUGUUUUUCCUUUCAAUAUGCGUCUGGACUCUCGUCCUCUGCUGCUGCCUCCUCGUCGAAAGCGGGUGCCGCGUCUGGGGGCGGUGGUGGGUCUGGAAUUGUGGCGGGUCAAGGCCCGGCGGUUGCUGUUGUAGGGGCGGUGUAGAUGAUUGCAAUUUGACGUCCGUUUUGAACUUGAAAAUAAAGAAGCUAUGUAUAAUUCCUACCUCUGACACGGAACUUGAAAAUAAACAAGCUCUCUGAUUUCGACUGACGGAAAAAUAAUAGAACAGGAUCUAGCAAAAGGUCCUUGCUUUGUAUUAGUGUGACCGAAAAAUGGCCACACGGCCGAAAUAUCCUACCUAUUCUUCUGAGAAAGUGUAGCCAGCGCCUGCGUGGUGCGAUUUGGUACAGCGAGCUAGUUUUGAAUGAACCGACAUGAUGACUCGGAUUUUCGUAUUGGAAUAAAAUGAACUGCAUUUCUACACUUGUCUAUAGUAAACGAGAAUAACGCGCUUCACCUUUAUCUUGAUAUCGUAUUUAUUUCCUCUUGUCUUCUUUUCUGUUGUGAGCUAAAUUUAAAUUUUUGACGAAGGUUUUGGUUCUGCUAUCCAUCACUGAAAUGAACUUUGUUUCUCGCAACUCUGUUCGACGUACUUGUUUUUACGAACUCCUUUUGUAGUAGGGAAAUUCCCACUCAGACUCAGGUUGAGUUUCAGUUUCAAAAAAAAGAAACAUGGUCCAAACGCUUCCUCAUGCCAGUCAGAUAUUUUAUAGAAGAACUUUUAUACUUUAACUUUUAGUAGAGCUAUGUCGACCUCUAGUAGCGGAGGACAGGGACGAUCCCUUCGCGUAAUUGUCCGCGGAACUGCUCGUGCGAAACGUGAUUCGAUGCACUCGAGAUCGUCAAUUGCAUUCUUGUGCAAUUCUUGUGCGAAGGUCGUCGUGUUGUAAGAAGUCC